UACAACGUGACCUUCCUGAAACAUUUGAUAAAGCUCUACAUCGGCACAUGUGCGCAAGACGUAAGGAAUAUUUAAGAUAUCUAUAAGGAUGCAGACAUUACUUGUGAUCAUUUAAUGAAAAAAGAGGGAGAUCUGGAUGAACCGCUUGGGUCACUCAUUUUGCUCAGUUUUCCCUUCGGGUUUUACAAACAGUGGUGGUUAAAAGUCUUCCUCCAGAGAGCAGCGACUUGCUUACAAUGUUGCGGCUUAUUAUAAACAAAGGUUGCGCCACACUUUGUAAGAGCAGUCAUUUUUUGACAUCCACGAGGCAAAUGUGCGGUUUCCUGAUGCUGGACAGGACCAGACUUCAGGUGAACAACCUGAGCCACUUCAGUACCGGGGGAGCUGUGUGGAAAGAUGCCCUGGAAAUGAAACAAGACAAAUCCGAGGAGACUGAGACAUUGGAUCUGGACAGAUGGAAGUCUGUUAUGAUAUCCCAAGCUACAUUCAAGGAGCAGGAUGUCAGUGAAGAAGUGAAAGCAAACGCUGAAGGGGAAAUACUGGAAGACAGUGGAGGCAUCUCGAAGGAGCGAUCUUCACUGGAGGCGACUCGUGAGCUGGUUUUAAUGUGGCGGCAAGCUGGUAAGCUUGUACCCCAAGAAAUGACAGAGGAGCAGGUCCGCACACUGGCAGAGCUCGACACCAAGUCGGGCCGAAAGAAGUACCUGAAGUUCCUUGCUACCAAAGAACGUUACAAACUGGUCCAGAAGGAAAAGCAGCAGCGGAAAAAAGCUGAAAGGGAAGCAUCGAUGACGGAGCAAAGGGAGCUGGACGGUAACACAGAGGAGGAGGAUGGUCAGCGAGGACACAAAAUGAAAAACACAAUGUUUCUCCAAUUCUGGGACCGUUCUCUGGACAAGGUGUUGGCUUGGAGGAGUGCCCAGGCCAUGCGGUUUGAUCAGCCACUUGUAUUUGACAUGAGCUAUGAGUCCAACAUGUCCAGGCGGGAGAUAGAUAAUACAGUGGCGCAGUUGCUUGAGGUGGAAGGAUGGAACCGGCGGGCCACGGAGCCCUUUCACCUCCACUUUUGCAAUCUGCAGCCAGACGCUCCCUACAAGAAGGAGCUGCUGAAACGAUACGGUCCCGAAACCUGGGACCGUCUCCUCGUCACCAGCACUGAGCGUCAGCACAUCGAUCUGUUUCCCAGAGAACAGCUUGUAUACCUCACUGCAGACUCCCCCAAUGUGCUCCGCAGCUUUGACCACUCCAAGGUCUACGUCAUUGGGGCUCUGGUGGACCGGUCAAUCCAGUCAGGCUUGUCAUUAGCCAACGCCAAGCGCCUAAAGCUGGCCACAGCCCGUUUACCACUGGAUGAAUAUCUUCACUGGGAAGUUGGAGCCAAAAACCUGACUUUGGACCAGAUGAUCCGCAUCAUGCUCACUGUCAAGGAUACUGGGAAAUGGGAAGAAGCAUUAAAGUUUGUUCCUACGAGGAAGCAUGAUGGUUUCCACCAACAGAAGACACAAUCAAAGGCUACAAAUAACACAGCCAGAAGUCUCACAAAUCGUGGAUCAAGACAGAAUGACGUUGAGUUUGUUAAGUCUGGAGAAAGAGACACUGGAAGGAUGUUUUUGAAUCUUAACAAGUCUGACAAAAAGUCCACCUUCAUUGGUAGAGACAGAUGGCCUGGGUCACCCAAUGCCAGAGAAAGCAAACAAUCUCCUACUAAAGUACGGACAUCAUUUAAAAGUGACAUGGAAGCAAAAAAAAUUCCACGUAAACACAAUACUUGGUGGCAUGAUGAGUGACGUAAACAAGAUUUGAUCACAUGUAUGUAAGCAAAUGUUAUCGUCAAAUGUCAGUAAAGGACACGGGGCAAAUACAAUCUUGACAGUUCUGGUGGAAUAUUAAAAAUUAUAUGUCCCUAUAAAGGGUGUUUGCUUUAUGUUCAUGAAUAUUGUAGUUUACAUUUACACAUGGGUUGACAACAUACGUUUAUGUUUCAUAGUUCCACAAAAGAAAAAUAGCUCCAUGAGUUACAAUGCUUCAAUGUACAUAACCGGCUAAGAUCAGGGAUUCUCUACUCAGCUAUCUGAGCUCAUCCAAUAGUAUAUUGGGGUCAUCUGAGGGGAAAAAACAUUGAAGAAAAAAAGAAAACCUGGUGAGGGCUUAAAAUUUAGAGAGGAAAAAAACAUCAGUUGUGAUGAAAGAAAUUAAUUAAUAUUUGAUGCAGAAGUGAAUACCUUCACAAUGAAGCACUUAAUUAUUACAUAUUUAUGUGGCUAAAAAUUAGGACAGUUCAUAAAAUAUACUUUUGGGGGUGGUUUUGAAUGAUUUUUGAAACUCCCUGUCAGUCAUUUCCUGCGUUUAAUAUU